CGAAGAAGAGUCGAGAACCGGACGGAAGGCGGAAAGCAGCAACGGCGACGGGUCGGUAAGAAUCAGGCGACUUGAACGUCAAAUCCAAUUGUUGCGAUCGCCAUUAUUCGUUUCUGUGUUCAUUCGACAAAGACGAAACAUCGCAGUUUAAUCACAGUCUCCUCUCGGCGCACUUUGGGGCUCCUCCAGCUAGCUUAGCUCGUUAGCUGCUAACACAGACGCGGAAGGCGGAAGUGUCGCGAUCGUGUGAAAAUGUGUCAAGUCCAAAUGCUGAGAGCGUUGGUGAAUCAGCGACUAACUGCGGCUGUUGAAGAAAUAUUUGUAGUGUUGGAAAGAACCAUAGCAGAGUACGAGGAGGAACUUUCUCGAACAAAAGAGGAGAACGAGCGACAACGUCAACUACUGGACGCCGUUUUCAGGAAGCAGGAAGUUGUGUUGCACAGAGCAGACGCCAGUGAAGAUGUUCCCAUUGAGCCGCAGCCCCCCCACAUUAAAGAGGAGAAGGAGGACCCGCAGCCCCCCCACAUUAAAGAGGAGAAGGAGGAGCCGCAGCCCCCCCACAUUAAAGAGGAGGAGGGAGGCCCCAGCAUCGGCCAGGAGGAAGAGCGGCGAGGCUGGCUUCAGGACGCCGACGCCGCCAAGCCCCCGGCUGUCUCCGUGCGGGGAGAGCGUGAAGGUGAUGAAGGCAGAGGUCAACGUGUCGAGAAGAAGGAGGCGGAGCUUCCAGGUGGCAGCUCAAGUCGACGCACGGGGACGGAAGCCGACAGCGGCGGAUCGGAUAGCGACGACACGACGUCACAGUCCUCCGACGCUGACGACGAAGACUGCGGCGUGGCUUGUUCCGGCCAAAAGAAACCCUUUCGCUGCUUUCAGUGCGGCAAACAUUUCGAUAAGAAGUUCAAUCUGACGAGCCACAUGAAACGCCACACGCCGGACCGCCACUUUCCGUGCUCCCAGUGCGGGAAGAAGUUUGUGGUCAACAACGACUUGAAGGUUCACAUGAGGAUCCACACGGGAGAGAAACCAUACAGCUGCACAGUUUGUGGCAAUAGGUUCUCUCAAAAGGGCACGUUGACCACGCACAUGAGGAGGCACACCGGAGAGAAACCGUUUCUGUGCCUCUUCUGCGGUAGGAGGUUCCCCAGAAGGUACACUCUGAUGAAACACAUGCUGUUACACACCGGCUAGCCGCCCCCGCCGCCGCAACUGCACCGUGACCUCCGACCUUUCAUGUCGUAGCGCCCAACUCUGGUGUCCGUGUUGGCUUCCUCAAAGAAAUGUCAGCCUGAUGGAAAUAAAGGAAAUCGGAAGAUGUUUAUGUUUAUGAAUGUACGGAAACAGCGAUGCUGCUUUUUAACGUGCCCCGCCCUUGGCCGGCCACCGGUCCCGGGCGUCUCCGCCUCUCGCCCAAAGUCAGCUGGGAUAGGCUCCAGCGUACCCCCCACCCGCCCUGGCGAGGCUGGAGCAGGGGUGUCUCGGGUGUCCGGCAGCAGGGUUAGACGUGUGCACGUCUGUUCACAUACGUGAUGUUUACAUGUUACACGGGAUCUUCAUCGUAUUACGUAACCACCAGCUCACCGCUGCCCCCCGCACACGCCGGCGCAACGCCACGGGUGUCCAAACUCGUAACGGUGAGGGCCCCCUAAGACCGGGGCCCGGAGCGUCUACCUCUAAACGCUCCUCUUCUCAUCCGGACUUAUUCUUAUUCUGACUUUAUUCCCAUCCCAUGAUGGCUUCUUCCCAACCGACCUUUUAUCAUAUCGGUUUUCAUCCCAAUCCUGGUCCGACUUGACCUUAUUGCCGGAAUAUUUGACUGUCUUUGAUUCUCCCAACAUUUCUCCCUUUUCUUCCCAGACGAUUCCAACCUUGUUCUUUUUUUCAUUUUUGCUGCCGUUUUUGGGUUUCCUGUUAAAGACUGUCCUGCCAGCCAAUAAACAGCUGUGUGCUGCAAAUGGCCCUCAGGCUGCACGUUGGACACCCCAGUCCCCCGCCUUUGUCUUUGCUGGUAUUUUUCAUGAGCUGACGUGAAGAGAUGGAAAAAUCUUCUUCCUGUGUAGACCUUUCUGGUCUGCCUGAGGCUGGUCCCAAUAAAAGGCCUCUCAUAAGGUCCUGGGGUGAUGGCAGCGACAACCAGGAAAACACAGAAGGAAUGCCAACAUUGGAACAUAUAUAUAUACAUACAUAUAUAUUACAUACAUAUAUAUGUAUAUAUACACACAUACAUAUCUAUGCACACACAUAUAUAUACACAUGCGUGUAUAUAUACAUGC